CUCCAAACCUCCAUGUCUAACUUUGCUGUCUUUGUCCUUUUCCGAACCGUCCCCCUGUUGAUCGCCAUUGUUGCGGUCCCGUUUCAAGGUGCACUCGUUCGCUUCAGGGCAAGCUACAACCCAAGGUGCAUCACACUCGGCUCAGAGGAGGGCGCGGCACCACAGGCAGAGACCGUCUUCGUCGGCUACUUCAAGGUACUCAGACGUGUUUACAAGCUUGAGGGAAUCCCGGGGCUAUACAAAGGUCUCAUGCCGAGUUUGAUUUAUGCGGCAUUCUACAUGAUAUCUAGUGUCCUUCCCUGGUCGUUUGCCUUGGCGUAUUGUAUCUCCAAUGGCGCUCACAAAUCUCCUUGUUCACUUAUUUUUCACAAUCCUCUCGUGCUCCAAACCAUAUCGCAUCUUCUGUCUUUCGUGGUGAAGCUUCCGGAACUCAUCAUACUCGAUAGGUCGAUCACCACUCCCAAGAAGUUGUCGUACUUCGGUGUUUCUGGCUCUCUUCGUAUUCUUCUGACUUCAACGGAGCGCCAAAGGCCGUGGGGAAUGUACCUCACCCCCGGCGUAUUCGCAGGACUUGCCAUCCGCUGGGUUUACAAUUUCGUCGCUCCCCGAGCCAUCCUGAUGUUCCUUGGAAACUUUUUGUGGCACAGGGGGAUGGGAAUUGUUGCCCUAUUCAAUAUUACGGUGGUCCUGAAUGCAUUUCUUUCAGCGAUUGUUAUGACACCGAUCGACGUCAUCCUUGUGAGGCUUUCCAUCCAGCGCAACCACACAUUGCCAGAAGUGAACUCUGGUGCUCAAGAUGAUGGCAGUAGUGUCGAGAGAGCGGGAGAGAGGUAUAGCGACGAGGAUGUGGUUGACUUGAGGACCGAUAGAGAGGCUUACACCGGACUGCUCGACUGUGGAAAGCGCAUCAUCAAAGAGGAGGGGUGGCCUGUGUUAUAUCGUGCAUGGUGGGCCACAUCGUUAUCCGGCCUUAUUUCAAGGUAGUUUCCCGCACGCCUGGAAGUUCAUCGUGUGAGCGUAAAUGUACAUUUGUUCUGCUUGUUGAUUAGCGUGUUGUACGAUACACACAGCGCCUGUUGCAUUUCCCUUUAUACUAUGACAAAUCGAGCGCACUGUGCUUUCAUGUAAUAAGUAGCGUAAACUAAAACCUAGCGCCACAAAUUACGCUUGUCAUAGCUUAAUAAUGAGCGGACACAAAGAUUUG